AUGCCCUUUCUGGAGUGGGUUGCGCGGCGGAUCAAGAAACAACCACGGCCCUCACGCAGAAAGAGAAUCAUUCAAAAGUUAAGUAGUCUUCACCAACAGGACUACCAGACUUUGCUUGAGGAAUGUUUGAAGAAAAAUCGUCUCUUUGAGGAUGAGAACUUCCCAGCUGAUAUCAAGUCCAUUGGAACAGGGCCGCUCCUUCAAAAACUCCCGCAGAAACUGCAGUGGAAGAGGCCACAUGAACUUCACAAGACUCCAGUAUUUUUUGAUGCAAACACAAAACACCUUGCUCUGUGUCAAGGAUUGAUAGGAGAUUGCUGGUUUUUGGCUGCCUUGGAAGCUCUGACUUUUCAUCAAGAUAUCUUGUCUCGGGUAGUGCAAGAGAACCAGAGCUUCGAGAGGAAGAAGUAUGCUGGAAUAUUCCAUUUCAAGUUCUGGCAUUUUGGCAAAUGGGUUGAUGUGGUAAUAGAUGAUCGACUGCCAGUAAAUGAAGCAGGUCAACUUGUUUUUCUCUCAUCUGUUUGUAAGAACCUGUUCUUGGGAGCUCUUCUGGAAAAGGCUUAUGCCAAGCUAUGUGGUUCCUAUGAAGAUUUACAGAUUGGCCAAGUGUCAGAAGCUCUGGUAGACUUUACAGGUGGAGUUAACAUCACAAUAAAACUGACCGAAGCACCACCUGACCUCUGGGAUAUACUGACAAGAUCAACUUACAGCAGAUCAUUGAUAUGCUGCCAGACCCAUUUAGGGAAAACAAGAGUUCUCGAGAAUGGACUGGUAGCAAGCCAUGCCUAUACAAUGACUGGCAUACGAAAAGUGACUUGCAAACAUGGACCAGAGUAUUUAGUAAGACUAAGGAAUCCUUGGGGGAAGGUUGAAUGGAAAGGCGAUUGGAGUGACAGGUCUGGGAAAUGGGAACUGCUCAGCCCCAAAGAGAAGAUUUUGCUGCACAGAAACGGUGAUGAUGGAGAGUUCUGGAUGACUCUGCAAGAUUUUAAAACCCAUUUUGCUAAUCUGAUCAUCUGUAAAUUAACUCCUGACCUGCUGAGCCAGGAAGAUGGGAAAAAGUGGAUGUCCUCCCUGCAGUUCGGCAGAUGGGUCAAAGGAGUCACAGCAGGGGGCAGGUUGAGUUUGCUAAUGGAUACAUUUUGGAUGAACCCCCAAUACCAGCUGAAAGUCCUGCAAGGAAACGGGAGCAAGAGAUCCUUGUACUCUUGCAGUGUGCUGGUUUCUCUGAUCCAAAAACACAACAGCAAACACCGGAAUCAGAUGCCUCAUUUUCACAUAGGCUUUUAUGUCUAUAAGGUAGGCCUAAUUUUUUGUGUGUGCAGAAAUUAUUGGGAUGACAAUAAAAGACUACCUCCUGAAUUCUUUGUCCAGAACCUGCCUUUGAAUAGCUCUCCAGUCUUUGUGAAUGACCAUGAGGUGACUCAGGAUUUCCGGCUGCCGCCUGGAGUCUAUGUCAUUGUACCUGCCACCUCAGAACCUCACCAAGAGUCAGAGUUCCUCUUGCGCAUCUUCUCCAGGAAACAUAAUCUUCGUGAAAUUGGUGGAAAUUCAAGUCCAGUACUUUCAAAGGAAAUUGUUGACAAAUAUGAUGACAAAAUUUGGGAUGAUUACUUCACGAAGUACUUUGAACAACAUCCUGAAAUAAACGUUGUCCAGCUCCAACGGCUCUUGAACAUGGCCUGGACAAAUCUUCAGAACAAUGGAGUGUGGUUCAGUCUGGAUGCCUGCCGGAGUAUUCUGGCUGUUCUAGAUUUUAAUGCUACUGGCACACUGAGCAUUCAAGAAUUCAGAAGUCUAUGGAAGAGUCUGCUUCAUUACCAGAAAGUUUUCCAGAAAAAAGACACCUACCAAACUGGAACCCUAGGCCUAGAAGAGUUGCCUGCAGCCAUGAAAGAAAUUGGAAUUUCCCUGAGUGAUGAAGUCUCCAAUUUGAUGGUGCUUCGGUAUGGGGAUCCUGACCUGAAAAUUAGCUUUCAGAGCUUUGUCUGCUUCAUGCUGCGUGUGGAAUUCAUUAAGGAGGCCUUCUGUAACUUAACUCAAGAUGGAAAAGGGAUCUAUCUUCAAGAGUAUGAGUGGAUGAUGAUGACUCUCUAUUCAUGAAGCAGAGCAAAGGAGAAGAGUACUGUCAUUUCAACCACUGGAUCUGAGUUAUAGAUCUAACAACUGGGGGAAAAUAGACUGAUGUUAUUAAGUCAUUCAUUAUUUCAAGUACCUUCACUGAAACCAUUUGUUAGGCUAGAAGGAUCAUGGUGACUGCUUCACUAAAGGACAGUGAAUAAGUAAACUAACGCAAUUGUAUUAUAAUAGUGAAAUGGCCUGCAAAUGUGUUCCAUUUUUAGGUAUGCGUUAUUGGUGUUAUAAGUCUGCAUCUAAAAAUGCAACAAACACAUUUUCAAUCAAUCUAUCACCUAGAUACUAGUCGAAGGAUACUGAUUUUAUGUGAUUUCCUGUAGCGAAUACACUUGAUGCUAUGUAAAGUGUGAAACAUCCCCAAUUCAGGUCACUAGGAAGUUCUCCAGGCCUGCCACUGGAGAACACAUCUCAAUUCUCUGAUGAUGGUCAUACUUGCAUGACCGCCUUUCCUGAUACCUCUCCCACUCCCAGUGAGCAUUAUGCUCAGCUGGUAAUAACCUACUGGUGGUCCCUGCCCCAAGAAGCAUCUGACUGUCCUCAACCAGAGCCAGGUGGAAUUCUCUUGAAUGGAACCUGGGUCCAGUGGGAUCUGGCUCAAUUUUGCAGAGCCUGAUAAUCUGAGAUGUUCUGCCAGGCCUAUUGUUGAGGCAGUGAUGUGUACAUCUUAGUUAGCCUCCCUAUUCCUAUCCCUGUUUUUAUUUCUUUAGCUAUUUUGAUAUUUUUGGUUCUGCCUGCGCUUUCCUUUCUGACCUUCCCCUCCCUGAAUAGGUAUCCCUGUCAUUGUAUUUAAUUACCAAGUGUGCCAAUCAGAAUUUUAAAAUUGAAUUUUUUAAAAUAAAUAAGGUUAUUAAUUAUAGUGUGUACUUUUACAUUGAUUGUAUUAACUUGGUAUAAGCUGCCUUGAGCCUGACUGUAGUCAGAAAAGGACAGGAUAUACAUCUAAUAAAAUAAAAUAAAUUAUACAGCUUUUAAGGGCAUCAGAGCCCUGCAAGAGGAAAGAAUGGGCAACCCUAACAUAUUAGACAAUACUGUGCUAAUUUUAAUCAUUUUGACUGGUAUUUGGUAGCUGAAAGUAAAUAGCUGGACUAUUUACACAUGAUGUUUUAUUUAUUGCUUUUUAAAUAUUUAUUUUAUACAAUAGUGGUAUUUUUUAGUUAACUGCUAGAUUCCUUCCACUUAAGUUAAGGAUACGAUAGAUAGACAAUAAAUGUAGAUAAGAAUGUAGUGAAGAAAUGUGGAAGAAACUUUGCUACUUCCCAAUGCACAAACUCUGUUACAAGCUGUGGGAAAUAAUUAGUACAUCGUAGUUGCCUGCACUUGUUACAUGAACUGCAAGAUCUGGACUGAAAUUCUAAUGGCCAAAAAAUCCUCAUCAGCCCAUGAAGUUGUGCCUGACUGUAAUGCACAGAAAUCAUUCACAGCUAAAAAAGCCCGGGAAAUUGUAGGAAUGAAAAACAGCAAUCCCAGGAGCACUGGAAUUUCAUUUUGCAAGAGUGAUCUCCCCAAUACUCUUAUGUGAAUCUUGCACAGGUUAUAGCUACAAUUAUGAAGAAAACUUUACUUGGAAAUGGCUGUAGCCAAGAUAAUAUUUUGCUCGAUGCUUGGUUUGGAUUGUUUUCUGUAACAGAUUUUAUACAUAUUUGCCUACUACCUCUUUAAAUGCAAGCCGUUGGAAUUUCAGCAGUAUUAUAUAGCUAUCGACUACUCACUCAUACCACAGAAUCUCUCUCUACUAUGUGUCUCGUCUUUGAUAACAGUAAACUGUUCUGCACAUUGCGAGGUGCUUUUCUGAAAUUGUAAAAUGUGUU